UUAAGUGAGUGCAAACAGCUAAUUGUAUUAUCGUUAUCUUUUUUAGAAAUACUGAGAGGUCACAGGACAAGUGUUGGUACAGAAUGAACCUCCCAGAGCUGAAUACAUUGCUCCAAACGGAGUCCUGUUGAAAUGGCAUUAAUUGCUGUGAUUUUCUCCAUAUGCAUAGCUUUCCUGGAUACAGGAUGGGCAACAAAACCCACAACGUAUCACAGUAUUUGCAAACUAAAAAAAAGAACUGCAGAUUGCAAUGGGAGGAGGCUGAGUUCUGUCCUAGAAGACUUGCCUGCUGGGAUAGAGGAACUCUUCCUGGACGCCAAUGUUAUACAAACUCUUUCAAAUGCAUCUUUCAUACAAUAUCAGGUCCUACAGAACCUCAGUCUGUGUGCAAAUGGGUUGGAACUCAUUGAACCUGGGGCAUUUCUUGGAAUUAGGAAUCUUAGUCUGCUCACUCUGGCAAACAAUUUCCUUUCUCUCAGUUAUUCUGUGACAGCAGCUGCUUUAUGGACUUUGACUUCUCUGAGGAGGCUGGACCUUUCUGGAAACCAGCUUACUGAGCUAAUGAUGGGCAGUUUGAUCCAGCAUUUGUCCUCUCUAGAAUCCUUGUCUAUAGCAAGGAAUGCCAUCAUGAGGCUAGAUGACUCUCACUUCAGAAACCUGCCCAAGCUGCAAUAUCUGGAUUUGCAGCAGAACUAUAUCUUCGAAAUUGAGGUUGGGGCUUUUGAAAGUAUGCCAGUACUGCAACAGCUUAACCUGGCCUACAACUACAUCCCUUGCAUUGUGCAGUUUGACUUGGCCCAACUUCGGGUGUUAAAUGUUAGCAAUAACCACAUUGAAUGGUUCUUGUCUGCAGAGAAUGAUGCUUCUUUUGAACUGGAAACACUAGAUCUUUCCUACAACCAGCUUCUAUUCUUCCCACUACUGCCCAAGUUAAAUAAAUUGCAGACUCUGCUGCUGACACACAAUCACAUUAAUUUCUAUGGCAAAUUUUUCAAUAAUUCAAAGAGCUCAGUUCAACUGCUAUUCCUAGAUGGCAAUAUCACUAACAUCACCAACCAAGAGCUCUGGGAAGAAAACAGCCAUGGCAAUCUCUCUUCCUUAACAUUUCUGGAUAUGAGCUGGAAUGAAUUCUCUUACCUUCCAGACCACUUUUUUGAAGGGUUAAUUUCCCUUGUUUAUCUGAACAUCAGUCACAACUGCUUAAAGACACUGAACAUAGAAGAUAGGGAAAUGCUAAAUACUCUCAUGGACUUGGAUCUCAGCCACAACCUGCUUUCAGAGCUACAGAUGAAUUUGGAUUCUGGAGGUAGCUUAACCAACCUCAGAAAGUUUAAUCUUAGCACCAACAGUCUGCAUGGCUUGCCACCUCAAUUUUUUAUCUAUGUAACAAAAAUCACUACAAUUGACAUCAGUAAAAACCCAAUCCAGAUCUGUUUUCCACAUAAUGCUACAAGUCCUAAUUGUGUAACUUUUAACUAUGCUAAUUCCUUAAGGAACCUUGUGUUGUCUGGCUGUGACUUAAGCAUGUUGCACUGCCAUUUCUUUAAGGGGACUUCCCUCACAUAUUUAGAUCUUUCUAAUAAUCCUAGGUUGCUAAUCAGUGGCUUGGGAACUUUGAAAGAUAUCACUUCAUCCAUUCAGGUACUCUACCUUAGGAAUACUGGUCUCUCUGCUGCAGGCACAAAGGUGGACUUUUCUGCAUUUCAGAAGCUGAUAAGUCUGGAUCUGUCUGGAAACAGUUUGGUGUACUUCCCAGAAUCCUUAAUAGACCUUAAACUUUAUACCCUAGAUCUCAGGAUGAAUUUCUUCCAUACCCUACCUCAGUACUUCAUGGAAAGGCAACUUGGAAAGAGUUUGCAUGUGAUCUACCUCAGUGAGAAUCCUUAUGACUGCUGCAAAAUGGGUUGGUGGGAUACUCUGCACAGCCAUGGAACUAUACACAUUGGAGACAUGAGUGACAUUACUUGCAAUUACUCCUCCAGGUUCAUCAGUGCAACAGAUAUACCUGAAUCCGUUCACCAUGAUUGUAGGUGGCUAACAGCUAACAUGACUUUGUUGUAUCUGGUGCUUAUUCUUCCUACCUGUUUAACCCUGCUGUUUACUUUUGUCAUCAUCUUUUUAAUUUUCAGGCAAAACAUUCUUCAAAUGCUAAAGAGCAGGCACAGGAAACCCAGCUCAUAUUGAAAUUUGGUGGCAGAAAGAAGCAAUCUAAUGGCACCCAGUAAUGGGUUUACUGAGCAUGAAACUGAGCAAACUCAGGGAGGCAGUGAAGGACAGGAAGGCCUGGCACAAUAUGGUUCAUGGGGUCACGAAGAGUAGGACACGACUUAACAACUAAACAACAACAAAUGGGUUUAGGUUAGCUGUAGUAGUCACAGAUUUAGUUCCAGCAAGCCAUAAAUUGUAGUAAUGAUUUAUACAAACAUGGCCAAAUAAUAUGUCCAAAAGCAUAAUUGGCAUACAGAAAAAAACAUAAAACAGUAAUAUGGGUUAAAUUAAUAAUAGGAAGAAAAGUCUUUAAUGGUUGAAAGAAACAUAUAGAAGAGAUUUAUACUGGGAAUAAGCCAUGACAUUUGAAUAAAUCCAACUCUAGAUGCAGCUUCUUGGGCAAAUCUUUGAACUUUGUCUAUAUAGUACUCUAAACUUCCUCAUAUGUUAUGGCCAAGCUUUAUCCCUCGAUUCGUUAUAAAUUCAUAAAUAAAUUUUUGAAAAAUGAUUGCUUUCUAUCUUCAAUGUUUUGAUUAGGCAAUGUAUUUUUUUUCCUGAGAAUGAGAAGGUAUCACAAUGAUUUUCCAUCUCAGAUUUAAUCACAUUUCAGGAAAUAAGUGUACAAUCCUAUUGUUGAAUGAUAUAUUGAGAAUACUGCUGAUUUGAUAGCAUAGAUCCUGAAGAAAGGAAAGAUACCUGUGAAAGGACAAUCAGCUUCCCAUACCUAGUGCUCUUUAUAUGUACUGAGACUAUAACUUCCAGAUUUCUCUGGCUUAGAAUUCUGGUUCCAACUCACCUCCAGGGGCACCUGAUUGUGGAAGGUUACAACACAUAAUGCCUACAUUACUUUUAGUAGGGACAAUUGCUUUCCACAUUAAUGUGUCUUAGUGGACCUCAUUAAUCCUAUUAUUCUUUAAAAAUAUAUUUGAUUGUUAUAAAACCCAGCAAUAUCAAUCCUGAGAGCUGAAUUCUUGGAGAUAGUGCAGAAAGUGGUCUGUGUUCCCCACCCUGCUAUGUUCCUUUCUAUGCAAAAUAGAUCUACCCCAGUAUUCCACUUCAUAUACGGACAAACAAAUAUCUGCCUGCUGCCCUGUAUGUUCUGUUUGAUUUUCAAAGUGUAAGAUUCUGACUGCCUGUGAUAAUAAUUCACAAAGGAGGCACCUGCAGAAUAAUUUUGUUUAAAACAGCUGAUUUCUAAGCCCCUCUCCUUUCUUGCAUAGAUGAAUUACACAUGAAAAUCUGACAUCUACUUAACAGAGAGAAACCCAAGAAAUCUGAAUGGAGAAUCUUUCCAGUAGCAUUAGGAUUUCUGAGUCCCAUGGGCCCCCUUCCCUCCACUGCUAUCCAGUGUUCCAUGUUUAGUCCAUCUCCAAUGACUGGUUAGUAAAGUAAUAGAGACAUAGCAUAACAUCUUUCUAAAAGGAACAUAUGUUUAGAAAAAGGUCACAGAUGUGCCAGGUUCACAGAACUUUUACAAUUUGGGUAUGAUCUGCUGUAGAUAUGUUUUUGUGUCCUUUAAAUAAGUGUACAGAUAUACUGUACUUUUUGUGUGUUGGUGUAUAUCGCUAACUUUUACUAGUUAAACUAAAAAACUGUUAAUGACAAAAGAAAAAUAUUGUAUUUUUUAAAGUUUUGGCACAUCUAUUGAAUGAGAGAAAUAAAAACUAGAAGGUAAACAGAGGAGAAAGGAGCCAUGUUUCAAUCUGGGACUAUACAGAAAGUUGUAUUUGUGUGAUCAAAGUUUAUUAAAAAAAAGUU